AUGAAGAAGUUGGCAGCUCAUCACUUUUGUCUGAAACAUACAAUGCUCAUGCUUGAUGACUUUGAUCUAGAGGGCCCAAAUGGAUGUCAUAAAUGCCUAGUUUAUGAGCUUCUGGGGCCUAAUAUUCCGGACACAAUUGAUGCACACUUUUCUGAUGGGAGACUUCCUGGGAAGCUCGCCAAGGUCAUUGCGAAGCAGAGUCUUAUUGGGUUUGAUAGCUUGCACCAACAGAAUAUUGGACAUGGAGAUCUGCAUACCCGCAAUUUGGCCUUCACUAUGCCUUGCAUGGACAAUGUAACUGAAGAGGGUUUUACUGAGAAGUUAGGAGAACCAGAAAUUGGCUAUGUUCAAAGAAGUGAUGGGCAAGAUCUGGAGCCUGGCAUACCUGAAUACAUUUUCCUCAAACACUACACACACCUCUAUCUGUUCGGGCACCUGAAGUGA